AGGAUUUCUUCUUCACAAACAUAAGCAAACUGACUGAGGAAGUCUGUUAAUCAUAGCAGCUCCAGGUUAACCAGAGAGCUGUAGUUCUGUCGUUUUUAGUGCCCUUCACAACUACUGUUCCUUGCAUUCUUUACAGGUGUGAGCAAUGGAAUCCAUCUCCGUAGCCACUGGCAACUUUGUCAUGGAUCUAUUCAAAAAGCUGGGUCAGUCAUCUGCAGGGAAAAAUAUAUUCUUUUCUUCCUUCAGUAACUCUGUUGCUCUGUCCAUGAUCUAUAUGGGAGCAAGAAAUAACACCAGUAGCCAGAUUGGCAAGUUACUUCAUUUCGAUAACCCAGAAGGAACUGUACAUUCCUCAGAGGAAGGACAUCUUGCUGGAGGGGAAAGCAUCCACAGUGCAUUCCAGGAACUGAUUACUGAAAUCAACCAACCCACGAGCGCCUACACGCUGAAAACUGCAAACAGACUCUAUGGAAAGAAAACAUUCAACUUCAUUGAUGAAUAUCUGCAGCUUACUAAGAAAUACUAUCAUGCAGAGCUGCAGCCAGUUGAUUUUAGUGAACAAGUAAGACGUGAGAUCAACUCUUGGGUCCAAGGACAAACAGAGAAUAAAAUCAAGGACCUAUUGCCUCAAGGUUCGUUGGACUACAAUACUAUAUUGGUUGUAAUAAAUGCCAUUUACUUCAAAGGAAAGUGGAAAAAAAGUUUUCAGAAAGAAAACACUGCUGAGAAGCUUUUCAGAUUGAGUAAGAGUCAAUCAAAGCCAGUGCAAAUGAUGUUUCUCAAGGAUAAAUUUCCAAUUUUCUACGUUGACACCCUGAAAGUCCAUAUUCUCGAGCUCCCAUAUGUGAACAAUGAACUCAGCAUGUUCAUCUUGCUUCCAGAAGACAUCAUGGAUGACUCUACUGGCUUGAAACUGCUGGAAGAAGAACUGACCUAUGAGAGAUUAUCAACAUGGACCAAUCCAGAAAGGAUGAAGCAAGAAGAAGUGGAGGUUCACUUACCUAGAAUCAAACUGGAAGAGAAGUAUGACCUCAGGUCCACCCUAGUCAGCCUGGGAAUGACAGAUGCCUUUGAUGAUUCUCUAGCUGACUUCACGGGAAUGUCGAAGAACAAGGGCUUGUAUGUGUCAGAGAUCUAUCACAAGGCUUUUGUGGAAAUCAAUGAGGAGGGUACUGAGGCUACAGGUUCCACUGGAGUUGUAGUUGUAGUUAGACGCCAGCCCAUAAAAAUAGAUGCAGACCAUCCCUUUCUCUUCUUUAUCAGGCAUAACAAAACAAAAUACAUCCUCUUCUUUGGCAGAUUCUGUUCUCCCUAGAGCAUCCCAUAACUUCUACAGUUUCAUCCACAACAACCGUCUCAAAUGCACUUACCUGGAUGGAAGUCCAACCAAGCUUUAUUAGAUGAAUAUCUCAGUAAAAAAUGCUUAGGAGCAGUCUGAAAAUGUUAUGAGCAUCAAAUCUAGGAUACAUGCGUUUUAAGCUUACUAGUAUGCUUCAGCUUUUCUACCUCCUCAGUGAAAGGUAUCUUAGUUCUAUUUCUUCAUGACAAGAAAGUGUGUAGAACAAUCUUUUAAUGCUUUCCUUUAUCAUCAAUAAGCCCAGCCUGAAACAUGUUUAUUUUAAAGCAGUAAAGGUUUCUUUAAUUAUGCUUCCACCAUUCCAAAA